AUGUACAAUCCAAACAACCCACCUAAACAAAAACCGCCUCCCUCUUAUACCUAUUAUCCACAACAACAUUCGGUUUCUCCACCUCCCUUACAACAUCCAAUUCCCACUCACCCACCAAUUCAAAUGCAAGGACCAAACGAAUACAAUGACGCGUGGAAAUUUAAUGAUGCUACAACACAAAUGGGAAUGCAAUUUGGGAGAACUGCAAUGAUGGCAGGAAGUGAAUACGUCGAAAAAAAUAUUAAUCGAUAUGUUAAUUUUCCUGCUUUAAAACAUUAUUUUAAAGUAAAUAACUUGUACGUGGCCAAUAAAAUCAGAUUGUUGUUAUUUCCAUGGAGACAUCGACCAUGGUCACGGCUCGUUAAACGUUCUGAACAGAACGGACAAAUGGAAGGAUUUAAACCACCCAGAGACGAUAUAAAUUCACCAGAUUUAUAUAUACCAGCGAUGGCUCUGGUAACAUAUGUACUACUUACAGGGUUUGUUGCUGGAACAGAACAAAAAUUUCAUCCGGAAGUUUUAGGAGUAAAUGCUACAACCGCAUCUCUCGUUAUGGUGUUAGAAUUGGUUCUGAUAAAAAUGGGUUGUUAUUUAUUAAACAUUACAACUGAAACUCAGAUAUUUGAUUUAUUAGCGUAUUCGGGAUAUAAAUUUAUUGGCAUUAUCGUUACUCUACUUGUUGGUUUAAUAGCACCUUUUUGGAUGGAGGUUGUUAUUUUCGUAUAUACCGCUUCGGCAAAUGGAUUUUUCUUGUUACGAUCACUCAGAUAUGUCGUUUUUCCUGAUUCCACAAACACAAAUACUGUUAAUAGUCCACAACGAAAAAAACGAAUUUAUUUUCUUUUCGUUGUAGCAUCCCUUCAGCUAAUUCUUAUGUAUUUACUUAUUUAG